AUGGACUGCAGCAUUAUCACUUCCAAGACGGUCCUUCUGUUCAUCAGCCUUGUCUUCUGGGCUGCGGGUGCUGGCCUGGCCUAUGUUGGUGCCCAGGUAUUGAAUAGCUUUGGCACUUAUGACAGCUUCGUCGAGGACGAGCAUCAUUAUGCCCUUAUCCCGGCUGUCGUCAUCAUUAGCAUCAGCACCUUGAUGUUUGCUUUUGGCCUGCUGGGAUGCUUCGCCACCAUUCGAGAGUCCAAAGUGGGGUUGAGCUUUUUUUUUCUGAUCAUAAUGGUGAUGUUUGCAGCUGAAGUGGCUGUUUUGGCGCUGAGCCUGAUCUACCAAGGCAAGAUAAACGGUCAGCUGGAGAAUUCUUUGACUAAGGCCUUCUCAAAGUUUGGCGAGGAGGGCGCCGACACCUCAACUGUGGACAACUUGCAGACCCAGUUGCACUGUUGUGGCGUAAGGAACUACACCAGCUGGUUCAACACGACUUGGUAUCAAAGCCACAAUGGCACAGUGCCCAAGUCCUGCUGUAAAAAUGACAGCAUAUCGUGUACUGGCAGGUUGGACCAAUUAGACAUGCUCAAUUUAGAGGGUUGUGAAGUCAAGCUGGAGACCUUGCUAAAGCACGUGCUGAGAUACGCCAUGCUCGUUGUUCUGGGCUUUGCUAUCAUCAAGUUCUUUGGGAUGCUGAGCGUUUGUGUGAUUGCGUGUAGAAGUGGCGGCCGCAGGAGUGGUUACCAGCCUCUUUAUGCCUGA